AUGCGCCAGCGUGGUGAAUCACUUACUCACCUCAAUACCGUGGCGCCGGUACCCAUCGAACUAACCGACGGGACCGCCUCAGCAAGCAAUUUCAACGAGUCAUCAAGAAUUACAGAUGUGCUUGUGGGAGACUACCAUAUCAUAUCCGGCGAGUCAGCACCGCAAUAUGUCGUUUGGUCUAUACGGAUAGUUUUAAACGGUGCUUCCCACUCGCUGAUUGUGCUCUACAAACGGUACAGUGACAUUGAAAAGUUCAGAACACUGCUUGUGGAGGCCUUUCCCAAGGACCUGAUACCACAGCUUCCGCCAAAAGACAAUUUCAGCCUUCUGCGUCUCUGGUUUUCAGACGCUUGGCUAGAGACUCGCCGGAAGGGUCUACAAUGGUUCAUGACCAAUGUGCUACUACAUCCAAAGUACCAACACAGUCCGGUGAUAACACAAUUUGUACUUGAGCAGACGGCGCGGUAG